GGUCACUCUCGCGAUCUAGUGCUGCUUUUAAUUUGAAAAUUGGAAGGCCCCAUUCCUCGUCAUAAUGAUGCCCAGAAUUCAAUCUCGAACCACCGCUAUGGUAAUACUGCGAGAGGCACCGAGGUUGAUUCCGCUAUUAUGACGGUGGUAAGAAUCCAAUGGAAGGUCAUGUAGCGUCACGGAAUACUCUUUACUAGUCUUGCCUUCUAUCGGCAUAUUUCGACAUAGUUCAUCAAAUUAAUACCAACUACCCAUAUAUUUUGACGACUCCAAGAUGUCAGAUGGAAACGAGGAGGAUUUACAGGAAGUUGUCAUGACAGUAUGAACUGCUAGUUGCCAUGGUAGAAAGAUACAAAGAACUCCCUGAGGCCCAUCCAGACCAGUAGCAACUGUAGAGAAGCAACACCAGACCGUUCUGGAGCAUCUACCACCAGAAUGGCUACAAAAGACUGCGCACCCUGGCCAGACCUGGACAAAACGAACACCUCCCCUGUCAUCCGCCACCUUGUGGAGAACAUGUCAGAAGAGCAAUGGAAAGUUGUCCAUGAAGCACUGUGUGAACCUAAUUCUACAGUUGAACUUGGCCAUCUUUGCUCAAACAUAGUCAAGGCAGUAACCCAGACUACCCAUCAUCACCUCCUUCCAGCCCUCAGCAAGGUGCUGGGCGUACCUUUGAGGUCUCUGGUAGAGUCAGGAAUGGCUAAACCAAGUGAACGUUCACAUUGGUCCCAGGUCUCUCAAUACCAGACAGCCCUGUGUGAGUUAUUUGGAAUCACAGAGGAUUCACUCUGCAAGAACCUUCAUGGGUGCCUUCAGCAGUCUCAGAGGGAUGUCGUUGGACUGGUGUGUCUGCAUGUGAAUUCAGUCAUUGACCUGGCUCUAAAACAGCACAUCCUAAAAGAUGGAAGACCGGCUGAGUUCACCGUGACAGAAUCCGCUAUCCGGGCUGUGAAAGACCUGGUUUGUGCGGUGUCUACCCAGGUAGAUACCGCCUCUGCAAACAGGACCUCCUCCAUGACACAGGUUUCCUCACUUGAAGAAGGCUCCGUCACUAACUCUGGGCUGGUAUCUGUAACGAGAGCCGUCAUGAACGCCAUCACUGACCACAUGAACGACUGCCUGGAUGGAGAGGAUCUGGAGAAGGUAGGGGGGGUUAUCUUUACUGUGAUGGAGAGAGUCAACAUGCUGGCAUCCCAAAAUGCAUCACUGGAGAGCCCUAUUUGCAACAGCCUUCCCAAGCUCACUCAAGAUCAGAUGCUGGAUAAUGCUGAUUGGCCCAGCAGUCUAUGUAUUCGAAGCCUGCAAAAACUGUCCACUGAAAAUUUCCAUGCAAAGGCAACAGAGGCUAUAAGUGAAGUUCUCAUGAGAAACUCCAGUUGUCUGCCUAGCAGAGCAGCUUCCAGCCUGCAAAAUCUCCAUAGCAUUCCAAAGCACAAUCAUCUCUCUGCAUCUUGCCAUUCUAUUGAUCAGGCUGCGGCUGUAGUGGAGACAUUUAUUGAGGAGAUCAAAAACAUUGCCCAAUAUGCACAUUACCUAACUGAUGCAGACCUUCUAGUGAGCGAGAAUAGAAGAUCUCCGGAGACCCACAGCGAUUAUGCAGCAUCUGUCAGUAGUGACAGAAGCAAGGCCGUAGCUGCAGCACACAUGAUGUUCUCCAAAGUGCAGAUGAAACUGAUGGAGCUUUAUUCCUGGCCCGCACUGACCGAAGGCUCUGUUUCACCGACUGGUGCAGAGAGCAUAUCAAGCCUACCUCCGAUAAGUCAGCAUCAGAUUGACUCAAUUACAAGGGAUGUGGUGAACGAGAUUAUGAACAUCUAUUACGAUGAGGAUGAAGACCAAAAAUGCUUCGCCCACAUGGAGGACAGUUUCUCACAGGUGUCUGCGGAGGCCCAUGAGUUUGUUGACAGCAUUAUGACUCAGCUAGACAACUUCACUGGUGCCACCCCCGCAGAAUCCAUAGACUCUCCCCCACCUUCAGAGCAGGCCUUCCCUGAGCAGGUGAGCAGCGUCAGCAGCAAAUGCUCUGACAUUUCUAUCCUGAACCUUCAGGUGAUCACGAGUGAGAGGUUUUUCACAGAGGCCUCAAGAGUUGUGAAUGACACACUGUUGAAAUAUGUGCGGAGUUCGACAUCUUUCAGCAGUCAGGUUCUAGACUCAGAUGUGUCUGCUUUCUCUGAGGGAAAUUUGCCCGUCACCCCUCAGAAUGUGGAUUUAGCAGCGUUUGAUAUAAUUCAGAGUUUUGUGUCUGAAAUAAAGUUAUGUGCUGCAUCGAUCGAGGCACUUGCCUCAGAAUUACAGAUGGGUGGUGACCUUUUAGAGAGUGGAAGCUCAUUGCCAAAUAUAGCGACUGGUCAACCUGAGAAAAUACCUCAGCAUUACCUCCAGAAAAAGAUUUUGACUUCUGUUACAAGUAUUUACAACAGCAUGCAUGAUAAAGUCCAGCAGCUCUUUACUUUAUAUGAACCCCUUCAGAAAGAGUCAUCAGUAUCAUUAGUUCAGCAAGAUCAUCCAUUUGAACAAGAUAAAUGUGCUGAGGAAUUGAAUGCUGAGAGCAGUACAAAAGAAAUUAUUAGACAGAUCUCCAGUUUGGUUAAAACCGCAAUAGGAAACUUGCCAAAACCUGCUUGCAUGAAGUCUUCUUGUGCCUCACUGAAGUUGGGUUCCUUUGUGGAUGAGGUGAUGUCUGAACUCAAGGACAUGCCUGCUUGUGCUUAUGUCACAUUCCUGGACAUCUUACCAGCAAAUCUUCACGACUCAAUUUCUUUAAUUGAAAAACUCUCUGACAGAGAGUUUCAGACAAAGGCAUCUCGCCAAGUGAGUGAAGUCUUGCUUAAAUCCAUGAUAAGUCAAUCAUCACUGGUGAAUUCAGAGCCACGUGAGAAAGCUACAGGGGACACAGAUUGCAACGAUGUCCGCAGUUUUUUUCCGUCUGCUCCUCAGUCACAGUCCGUUGCAUUUGAUUUAGUCAGAGAGGCCAUUGAGGUGACAGUGGAACGCCUCAUUACCUCGGGCAUCUACUUUCUAACCCAAUCAACAGCAAGUGAUAUAGUUGGGAGUGUUACAGCGUCCAUGAAGGACCUUCUGGAGGUCAAAUUGUCCUCUGAAGCUUUGCAGCUCACAAAGGGGGACAGUGCAAAAGUCUCACAAGCUUACAAUGCCCGUGUCAUUGUCGACAGGAUCUGCUUGACGGCUCACCAAAUUGUUACUAAUAUUAAGAAAAAGAUGACAGAAUGUUUACAUAAACAUGAGUCGUUUGCUCACAAAGACAAGAGAGAGGCAUCUGCCAGGAAAGCCAUCAGUCAAGUGCUGGUUUCCAUCCAAAAUGAACUUCCUGACACUGAGGGAGCGGAAAACUCGGAGCAAAUCAAACUGGUUCAUGACCUCCUCUCCACUAUGACAGAUGAGAUCGAGAGCCUGGACACGCAAUCAGACCACAGACAAAUGAGCUCACAAAGCCUCCAGGCUUCUGAGUCAGACAUUUCAAGACCAGCUCCUCCAGAUCUCCUUUCAAGCAGAAGAAGGCCCAGGCAGUUCCUUUCCCAAACAAGCGUGAGAGAAUACUCCCGCAGCCUGGCCGAUCAGAUCUAUCAGAUCCUCAGAAACAGUUAUGACCCCUUGGUCUUGUUCAUGCCUGCUGGAAAGAUUGUUUCGGACUCCUGCCUUUCUGUGGUACCAUGCAGAGAUGAGGAAAAGCAUGAAACCCCCUAUGAUCUCAUAUACAGUUGCGUGGAGGAGUCAGUGAAGCGUCUCAUACUUUCAUGUUUCUUCCCUUUGACGUCAAGGGAGAAUCAAGAGAGGAUUUUGCGACACUCUUUUGACUCAGUUUCCAGGAGCGGUUCACGCAAUUCCCCUUCAGUGCAUUUGACACACAACAUGGAGGCCUCAAAAUCAUCACCCCAGGUGUUCAGAAGCACAAUCAAUGUGCUCACUCAAGUACUGGCCAAAGAAGUCAUGGAGAGGUUGUCUUUCGAGGUAAAUGAAACUUUACCUGUUGAAAGUGAUAAUGAUACUAAGACCUUCAGGCAGUUAUCUGCAAGAGAAGAGCCAGAACCACCAGGCAAACAGAUGGAGGCUACGACGCCAAAGACCUGUCUGGCGGUUGCGGACAUGGCAGUUUUUGAAACUGUCAUGGGAUUUCCUCUCUCACCACCUGAGUCAGAAGAGGCUAGCAGCAGUGACUACGCCUGCCUUGUCUCCAUGCUGGUCAUACGACUUCUAUGCAGAACAAGUAGCUCACGCCAUGCUAUAGGCAAUCAGCAGGAGGGUCUCCGUGACGACAUGCUUGAUAUGUCCCGAGAGCUGAUUGAAAAGAUCCUGUCCGAGCUCUUCCUAGCCUCUGGAAUCACAAAAUGCCAGAACUACCCUGAGGACAUGAAGAUUUUCCGGAUUUACGAGAACAUUUACCAGGACCUCGUUGAGGAGUAUGGGUCUGUCAGAGGACUCAGGUCAGCCGCAGAGUCUCGGGAUUCAUCAUUUGAUGCGUCACUGGUAAAAUUGCUGAUGAAGGAGGUACACCAAGAUCCUUCAACUGGAAGUGCUCCUGAAGUAAAGGGUGAGAAAGGAACCAAGAACAGCACUGAGAAAUGUAUGGCAUUACCCCAAAACCCCAUUAAGAAGAAGCAGGACUGUGAUGUAGCUACCACUGAUACAAAUACAACCUUUACCACCAAACUCCAGGGGAUGUUAAAGGGUCUAAAACCAUUCAGAAGCUGCCCCUUUAGGAUUCCAAAAGUUCCAAAGUUGAUGUCUACUUUCAAGAUACCUAGGAAUUACAAUGAGAUUGCCCCAUGUUGGAAACUGGACUGCUCUAAGGAUAUCGUUCCGGCGGAGGAAAACCUAGCCUUUACUACCAAACUCCAGGGGAUGUUAAAGGGUCUAAAACCAUUCAGAAGCUGCCCCUUUAGGAUUCCAAAAGUUCCAAAGUUGAGGUCUACUUUCAAGAUACCUAGGAAGUACAAUGAGAUUGUCCCAUGUUGGAAACGGGACUGCUCUAAUCUAAUCGUUUCGGCGGAGGAAAACCUAGCCUUUACUACCAAACUCCAGGGGAUGUUAAAGGGUCUAAAACCAUUCAGAAGCUGCCCCUUUAGGAUUCCAAAAGUUCCAAAGUUGAGGUCUACUUUCAAGAUACCUAGGAAGUACAAUGAGAUUGCCCCAUGUUGGAAACUGGACUGCUCUAAGGAUAUCGUUCCGGCGGAGGAAAACCUAGCUUCCAGCUAGACCAAUGAACUUUGCUAUUUCUGUGGUGAAUGAGGCCGUAUCUCGCCAGCUGACUCCACCAUCUUCUACCUCACUGACAGGAGAUUCUUGGAAAUUCUUUUUCUUUUUCAACGGGCUUUCCAGCAAGUCCUUUCACAGCUACAUAACACCCUAUUGAUUUCAGAUCAUUUAAUCCAUCGCUUUACCUGACCUAUCAUUAAAAAAUUCUUAUGGAUGGUCUUUGAAGGAUUUGGUCAUUGUUGUUACCUUGUUCGACUUAUUCACUUCAUAAUAUAGCCUAUUCAGGUCAACAUGGACUGGCUCUUGGUAUACCUGAGCUUCAAAGCUAGUCAAAAAACAGAAUCAAUCAAUCAUUUUGUUUUCAUUUCACUUAGCACAUACAGUACUUCACGACCACUUGAGUUCACUUAUUAAACCAUUCUGCUGUAACACCAAAGUCCAAAAUGACUUUAGAUCAACAUGAUGUCAUCUUUGCACUCAUUAAAAGUGUAUUCAUACAUAUGAGUACAUUCAUUCAGUAAAUGUACUCAUACCAUUUAAAUGCACUAUUCACCCAUAACUGUGUUCCAAGAUGUGCUAGAGUAUGUAUGUACAAAAUCCUGAAAAAGUGGGCUUGUGUUUCGUGGGGGCUGUUUCGCUUGGAGACCUGAGCAUUUGGGAGGUGAGAGUGAAGCGAUUUGCAACAGAGCGCCCGUGAUCUUUGCUUCCAUUUGUCAUGGUGACAGGUCCCAUGCCACACAGCCUGCCCAGGGAGACAGGCGGCCCCGGAGUGCAUCUGCGCUUAGCUGCUGUCCCUGGAUCAGCUCUUAUGAGCUUUUGUCUUUAUGCAUGCAUAAAUACACUA